AUGCUUGAGGCUGACCAUGAGAAGAGACCAGAUAUCUAUCAAGUCUCCUACUUUGCCUUCAAGUUAGCUGGAAAGGAGUGUCCAGUGCCAAAUCUCUUUAGCUCCCCUCUCCCCACGUCACUCCCUGAGCCACUCACAGCCAGCGAGGUUGCUGCUCGGAAGAGCAUGACAAAAGCCAGAAUCACAGAGUCCGCGGGCCCCACGGCAACUUCCAUCGCUCCGAGACAGAGACCCAAGGCGACCAACAGUAACGUGAUACCCGUCCCUGUAGCCAACACAGCUGUCACCCCUAUAGCUGUCCCCGCCGCCGCCACGCCCGCCGCCGCCACGCCCAUCACCGCCACGCCCAUCACCGCCACGCCCAUCACCGCCAUGCCCAUCACCCCUACAGCUGUGCCUUCUGUAGCCGUCAGCAAUGGGCAGAAAGCUCCAACACCUGGUAACAGCCAGCCGGUCGCUCCACAGCUCCAGACAGCCAACAGGGUUCUCCAGCAGCUGCAACCUGGAGACUUUCGUCUGCAACAACAACUCCAUCCUGUUCAUCCACAGCAGCUCCAAUACCUUCAGUACCAGCAGGCCUCCAGCAGCAGG